UUGCUUUAUCAUAAUUUUCCAAGCGUAUUACUUAAUAUUUUAUGUCAGAGAAAAUGGGUUCCAGUAUUUUGUGUGCCUUAGUCGUAGUUCUUGCUUCUUUGAUCUGCACAUGUUCAUGCGCCGAAGUAGGGAAGAGAACUAUAGGAAUACUGGGCACGGUUACACCCUCACCUACACACUGCACCUUGGCAGAAAGUGGAACCUUUGUUCGAGUGGAGGUCACAGGAUGUACAGCACAACCAUGCAUGAUGUCCCAAUCAAUGUGGUACGAAGUUUCGACAGUUUUUAUGCCAGCCUGGACCACAAAUACUCUUCACUACGAAAUAUUUCUAACCCCAUACAAACAAGAAAGAAGGUCCAUGUCUAGAUCAGCGAUCCCGGGUACUUUCACUGCAGGCAGGCAGUAUCAAAUUUUUGGCGAAUUUCAAGUUCCUGCGACACUUGGACUGGGACAAGCGGUUGUUGAAGUCGAUCUUUUUGACUUUUACGGAAGAUUUGUCCGUCGAUGCUUUGCCAGUAGCAUUGCGACCAACGUUGGGUGAUAAACCAAUGUAUGUACAAGGGAUAAACAUAUGACCCGAAAAAAUUGAUUUGCAAAUAAACUUUAUUAACAUAUGUAGGAACAAAAUUGUUUCUAAAUUCUAGUCGUCAUUGACCAACGCAUAAAGUGCAAUUAAGUACAUAAUUCUUAUCCAGAAUUAAAACAAUUGGAACAUUCAAAAA